GGAAGAGGUACAGGGAUCUUGCCUUUACAAAGGCUCUUCCAGUGCACUGAAGAGGAGGAAAGCUUUCAUCUUUAACCUGCUGGGAACAUUUGAGUGUGGAUGUGGUGAAGUCCUGUUCCUCAUGCCAUGGAUUUGCCCACAGGAGUUGGUUUGGGGAUGGUGACCAAGCAUAGAUGCCUAGAAGAGAAGCUUGCAGAAGUGGCCUUGGACUAAAAUAUGAGUGUUGCUACUGAUGCCAGCAGAAUCCAUCGUGCUGGGGUUCAUCAGAAAGCCAGAGGAGCAGAGAGGAGAGGACACUGCUCUUCUUCGAGGUGCACUUGGUACACAAGAUACAAAGGAAGGGGUCUCAGAGAAACCAAAGUGUGCUCCAACUGCAGAGAAAUAUGGCUGGAUUAAAAAAAGCAGCGGGGGGCUCCUGGGACUGUGGAAGGAUCGUUACAUCCAGCUACGGAAAACACAGCUCGUGGUCUACGAGGAUGAGGAUGAACAGAAGUGCAUAGAAACGGUGGAACUGGAGAGUUAUGACAAGUGCCAGGAGCUGCGUGCACUACUAAAAAGGAAAAAUCGUUUCAUUUUAAUCCGCUCCCCGGGUAAGAAGGUUCAUGAUAUCAAGUUUCAAGCUCCAACUUCAGAAGAAAAGGAAUCCUGGAUAAAAGCUCUUAAUGAAGGGAUCAAUAGAGGCAAAAACAAAGUAUUUGAUGAGGUGAAAGUAGAUGAGAGCCUUUCCUUGGACCAUGUGACUCGGGACAGGGUGAAGGUGUCCCACGGACGUCGGCCGCCCACAAGGAGCCACCUAAAGGAGGCUGCCAAGUGUACAUCAGAUGGUAUCCUGCGACUAGAUCUGGAUAUAGUAGACAAUGGACCACCAACCUUUGAUUCCACUAUCAGUGAAAGUGACAAUGAACCACCUCAAAAAGAAACUCCAAAGCCCCCUAUGCCACCUACAAAACCCACUGGCACAAAAGAAAACCAGGAGGCAAAGAACAAUGUUCCUGACCAGGAACAUAAAAACCCUCUGUCUCCUCCGCUGCCUCCAGAUAAGAAGCUUAAGGAAGGCAUCACAUCAAAGGACAGUGUAAAUGCCAUGGAAGUGGACUCUGUAAGUCCAGAGGAGAACAUGGAAGAAUCCCAAGCACCAAGUGAGGAGAACAAGGAGAACCUUGUUGAGGUCAGCACCAGGGUUAUAUCAAAAGCUCCAAUUCCACUUCCUAAGAGUGUGCCAGACAAGCUGAAAGUAGCUUGGGACCAACCAACCAUUGAACCUAAAAAGACAGAAGACUUGGAAUCAUCAGGAGAUGAUGGCAAAGACAACCUGGCUGAAAAUGCUGCUGCAGAUGUUUCAAAGCCUCCUGUUCCUCCUAAGGUUUUGCCAGAGAAAAUGCUUGCCACAGUGAACUCCAGCCAUGGUGACCUGGAAGCUGGGGGCUGGGAAGAGCAGGAGUCUGGCAGCUCCAAGCCCCCAGUGAACGGGAUCACAGCCAGCGAGGUAGCAGAGUUCACAUCCCUGACAGCUGAAACAGAAGAAGGAAAUGGGAGGACCGCAGCCCAGAAGGAACAGCAAACUUCAGCAGAAGAGACAGAGACUUCCUUAGCUACAGAAACAGACCAUGAAAGUGUAAAAGCAACUAUUGAGAAGAAAGAUUCUACAGAAAACACUUCAGGUCUCAAACUUCGCUGUUCUUCUCUGGGAGACUUACUCUCUGAUUCCAAAAAUAAACAGAGAGCACUUCCAGACCAAGGGUUCCCCAAGGAUUCCCAUCAAUGCUUAGCUAAAAUGGAGGAGAAGGUUGCUAAUGAAAGGGAAAAGGCAGAAAAGCUUCUGCAGAAGGUUUUACGUGAAGGGCUGGAACAGGCCCAGGAGGGGAAUGGACCCCCAGUGGUGGCAGAGACGUUGCUCAACGAGGCAGUAGAACAGCUUCGGCAAGCUUCACAAGUUUUGCAAGAAAUUAAAGGUCUUGGAGAACUGAAAAAAGAAGGAACACAGAAACAGAAAGAAAAGCAAAAGGAUCUAGUGACUCUUUAUAGGAGAAGUGCUCCCUGAUACACUCUGCAGAGACUUCUUUACCAAAAUCAAAGCUAAACAUUUGCAUUUAUGAUUUGUACCAUUGCUAGGCCAGUGUUUGAAGAUGGUGUUUUGCUGUGCACACACCAUGUUUGUGGGUCAGAAUUGAGCUUUCAGUUAUAGCAUCUUUCUUUCUUCAUGUUGUACAUACCAGUCUGUUUCUAAUCCUCUUAACACAGUGGAAGGUUACAGGACAGUGAACAGUUUAAAAAAUGUGAAUGCUCUUUAAGGAUUCUGUCCAAAGUCCUUUAAAUGGAUCAGGCCUUAAAAAUUACUGGUAAUCAGACCAAGUCGGAUUUUUUUGAAAGGAGCAAAAUGGCUAUUCUAGCAAAAGCCCCUGUCUCUCUGUAUUUACAGACAAGCAAAUACCAGAUUACACUGGCACCUAUCUGGUUUUCCCAGUUAAAUCAUUUAAGGAUAAAUGUAGUCAGUGUUUGUUUGCUUGCUGGCAUGGUUUCCCAGACCACCUGGCCCAGUGACAUCUAGGAAUGUAAAGAUAAACGGUUUAAUCUUCUCCAAAGACACUCAUAAAACCACAUCCACAGUUAAAAGGUGACCUCACACAGAGGCAAACCAAACUGGCCAAUUCCUGACUCCAAGUAUGCUCCAAGUAUCCAAGCUCCUGUCCCUGAUGUGGAGCAGCUGGAUGGAGCACUUUGAGGCUGGCUGUGCAGCUCUUUAGGUGUGCUAAGCACUGUGUGAGUCUCAAAGCAUCAUUGCCAGGCAAGUACUGAUUGUUCCUCUUUCAUUAAUAGGGAAAUUGAGAUUACACUUGGCCUGUGAAAGUGUCUUCUACCAGGACAGCACGUUUAUUAUUGAGGACAGUACUUAUAACUCUGAAUCCCCUCAGUGUUUUUUGGAACAAAUAGCCAGGCAUUUGGAGAUCUUGUGUCCAGGAGUUCCCCAGGAGCUUCCUAGGAGAGCUGUCACAAAGCAGCUUUGGGGAUGUGUGUUCCCUCAGUGUUGGGAUGUAACUGACAGGAGCAUGCCCAUCAGGCAGUGGGUGUGGGUGAGAUCCCCCUUCCCACUGAACACGUCUCCACCUGCUGUGUCCUGGCCAGCCUGAGAGCCAUGGUUUGGCCCAGGUCUCUCUAAUUGACACACAUGGAAAAAAGGGUAUUUUGCACACAACACUUUGGGGCUGGUCCCAACGGCUUAAGUAUGUGAAAAUAAGAAUCCAUUGCUAUGGAAGGGUCUGAGGAAGGCAUUGCAGAAGGCUCCAGCACAAUUCCCACAGCUUCCUCUGUCCACCACAGUUCCUGUGGUCUUCAGUGAUUACAGCAGUGGCAAAAUUCUGUCUUUGCACUGCUAUUGUAUAGCCCCAUACCCGAGAUGGGUCCUCUCCCCUAUUCCCUAUAAUUGCUUUGAGGAGAAUGGUGUCACAGCCCAGAGGGCUUCUCCUUUGCUUAAGCCUGGCUGUGGAAACAUAGGAAAUGGCCAUCUUCCCAGUCUAGUUUUAAGGAGUGACACGCUACCUAAACUCUUUUCUCUCAUUUGCCAGCACUUUGUUCUUAGUUUAUCCAUUUCUUUUUCUCCUAAUUUCCCAGGUCCCACAAGUCUGCAGGGGGCUGCAAACACCACCCACAGCAGCAGGAAAGUUUCGUCUGAGCCUCCUCUUAGGCUAGGCACAGGUACUUCAGGUCUGAGCACAGAAAGUUUGGCUUUAGGCUUCCACAUACCCUGGUUUCUACGACCUGGAGCCAGCAAGACAGCUAGUGACCACAACUGGUGCUUCUGCCUCUUUUGAUUAAACUAGCCUUGGUUUUGGUUUUAAGUCCCCUUCUCAAGACAGCCAUAGAUGUUGUAUGAGAGUUCACCUGUUAUUCUGUCACGUGGUGAAUUCUGCAUGGUCAAACACUUAGGGCUCAGGUGCCAAGAAGCUUUGCUUUGAGACAAGGAGUUUCCAAUGUCCUAAGGCCACCCUGAGACACACAGCUUGGAGCAAACUCUAGGCCUGUGCCUUUUGCUGCUGUGGGUUCAGUGUGAGCUAUGGGUCAUACACUUAGGACAAGGGCUAAGAACACAGACAAUAUUCAGUGCCUAUCUGCUAUCUAAAUGUAUUUUUCUGCAUGUGCACUUUUGUUUACCGAACACUGUGUGGUAUGAAUGUGAGCUGUCAGAACCUGGUGUGCACUGGAAGUCGAGGGACAUCAGCUCCAGAGAGCAGGCAGGCUUUUGCAAGAUGCAGUUCUGUAACAGUAGAUAGGAGGGGGAAAACCCAGUUCACAUUAACAGGAGUAUACACAAACCAGGGCAAACUCUGGGCACAGGUUCAUAUCCCAAA